AUUGUGACGGCGGAUGCCCAAUCCUUAUAAGAUGAAACAGCUGAGUCUUCGGCAUUGAGUACUAUGGGUGCACUCUCUGACUCAGAUAAUAUUUCCCACCCAUUGGAAACUUGAACUUGCAUGCUCAUACGAAAUUUGACUGCCGGAUACUGAAAUACAUCGCCAUCUCGACUCAUUCCUACCAUUUACACGGCAAUGCGGGUCUCUGAGUAUUUCUUCACGGUCUUGGCCGUAGUGACUGCUGUGGUGGGCCAGAACGCCUCUCAGCCCGGACCGGAUGGACGGUACACCAUUUCGGCAGAGGGGAUCAAGGCACAGUUUAUCCCAUACGGCGCAACUCUCACAAACCUCUUCGUCAAGGACAAGAAUGGCAAAGACGUCGACAUCGUCCUGGGAUAUGAUGAUCCUGCAUACUACCCUAAGGACCCCGGCCACCCCGUCUACAACGCCAUUCCCGGCCGCUACGUCGCCCGCAUUGGCAACGCCACGUACACGCUCGACAAUGUGACCUACCACACGGAGAAGAACGAUGGUACCAACACUCUUCACAGCGGCACCAACAAUUGGUCAUUCCGCGAGUGGAACGUGACAGCCGUCAAGUCUGACUCCAUCACCUUCUCCAUCCUCGACAAGUCCAACUCGUCGUUGAACAUGCUUGGAGACGUCAAGGCCCAGGUCACUUACAGUGUUACCAAUGGCACUUGGAAGAUCAAGAUGGAUGCUACGUCGCCGGAUCGGAAGACUCCCCUCAUGCUAACCCAGCACACCUACUUCAACCUCGACGCCUACAAAGACCCCUCCACGGCCAAAGUCUGGAACCACACUCUUUACCUCCCCUUUUCCUCCCGCUACCUCGACGCCGGCCAAGACGCCGUCCCGACAGGCAAGAUCCUAACCGCUGCCCCGGGAAGCAUCAACGACUUUGCCAGCGCGCCCGGGAUCGAGCUCGGUCAUUCGAGCGGCUCGCCCGAGUUUGCCGGGAAUUGCGGUGCUGAUGGCGCGUGCGAAGGGUACAAUGGGUACUUCCUUAUUGACGAACCCUCGCAGGCGGCGGGAAGCGGCCAGCAAAGCGAAGACGCGGAAGACGAUUAUGAAUACAUCGAAGUUGAUGAUGAAGCUGGCCAGUUGGCAAUAGUAGCCAGUCUAUCAAGCUCCUUCUCCGGAAUCAAGGCCGAGCUGCGCACUGAUCAGAAGGGUCUGACGGUGUACUCGUGCAACUGGUUCGACGGCACCUCGGCGCUGAAAAGCACGCAGGGGCUUGAGGGGAGGAACACAGUGGGUAGGAGCUCGUGUGUUGCGAUUGAGGCGCAUGAUUUUCCGGAUGGGAUUAACCAUCCCGAGUGGAACCGCACCGAUGCCGAGAUCACGGGGCCGGGCGAGACGUACUCGUGGGAGAGCUCGUGGACGUUUAGUACAUUGUGAAGAAGCUCUUAAUAGGCGCGAGUGACGUUUCUAUGGACGCUACUGGGGACAGAAUAGUGAUGUAUAUACGGGCUAUGUUUAUAUAGUAGUGGCAGGAAAAGGUCAAUGUAUAUAUGUGAACGGGAAAAUAACACGAUCCGCCAUUCGUAUUUGCAUGCAAUUUCAAAU